UUCUGAUUCCUGAAUAUUGAAGUAAACACGGAGCCGGGAGUGUACUGCAGCACAUUUGAUUCCCGAACAUCUGAAGGAAACAAGGAGCCUGGCGUCUGCUGCUGUCGCCGUUACUGUCGCGGUUCGUACGAGGAUCGCGGCUGCUUUAAUGGUUUCUAGGCAAAUUAGGAACGUUUUCAAGGAUUAGUAAGAAGACACGUGAUGCUGUGCUUUUUGCUCCUGACACUCCACUGGACGACAGUCACUGCAGCACUGCAGCCAUCCACACACAACACCGCCCUUCAGGAAGAUGGAACAAGGCCAUACAUUUACUACUGUCGCUCGCCUAAUAUGGAGAUCUUCACCUGCUGGUGGCGGCCAAUUGCUAAUCAGGAUAAUGUCACAUACACGCUCAUAUAUACCACGGGUGAACACGCUCCUCAGGAGUGUCCCGAUUACGUGAGCGGUGGCAUCAACAGCUGUUUCUUUGAUGCCAAACACACUCAGAUCUGGGAGAUGUACUGCAUGAACGUGACCGCACACACACUCACUGGGCCCAUCACCUCCAAGAAACAUUGCCUGGAUGUGGCCGAUAUAGUGGAGAUCGACCCGCCCUUUAAUCUGACUUACAUUAUGCUGAAUGAGAGUUUCUGUGAAUCCGGGCACAGUAUUUUGUUGUCAUGGUUGUAUCCAGUUGCCUCUCAAGUGCGUGAAGGAUGGAUUACGCUCAUCUACGAGCUACACUACAGACAUCUUGCUCAGCCAAACAACUGGAGGGUGAAAGAGCGUUUGCGUGAGCCUCAUGUGGAGUUGUUGGAUCUGCCGGUGGGAACAUAUGAGUUCAUGGUCCGCUGUCGCUCCACUAACAGCAAACACUGGAGCUCUUGGAGCGAGUCCAUUAACAUCACCAUCAGCGGGAGACCUCUGUCCAAUCGGAUGUUGGCCUUCAUCCUUGUGACCAGCAUUGCCAUUAUGGCCUUCCUUAUUAUUGGUUUUGGCAUCAUACCACGAGGCAAGAGAAUUAGAUCAUUCUUCCUGCCACCAAUUCCCAAACCGCGCAUCCGAGGGCUUGAACCUGUUCUGCUAAAGAACGGGAAGAUUGACGAGAUUAAUCGUCAUUUCUCCAGUUUUCACGGCUAUAAGUCACCACAGUACUGCAUGGAGACGUGGUACCAGGUGAGCGUGGACAUGUGUCCGCCUUCGAUGGCCAACAGUUUCCCGUCUCAUUAUAAACACGAGGAUGUGCCGAUCACACAGCACGUCACCUGCCCCGAUGGACAACAGUAUGUUCAGACAACCUGCAGUCCUGCUCCUCACUGUUGUAGCCCCGCCUCCUACUGUGAGGGAAUCACGCCCCCUCAAAACUCUGGUCACGCCCACCCUGAGCUUGUGUCCACUCCAGGCAUGGACUACAGCAUGAUUCUAAACUCGGCCCCUGCACCACCUCCGACUCAGGACUUCUAUACAUGUGUGAAUGGCUUGAUGCCUGGUGGGGUGCUGCAUCUGGUACCCUGCCUGCCUGACAUGCUGAAAAACAUGCCCUACCUGCAGUUUAAAGAGGGAGCGGAUGAUGGCAUGGACAAGAGCAGUCAGCUAGCGGUACUGCUGGAGAAGCAGAUGGAGGCGCUGUUGAGCGUGAGUGAAACAGACCCAAGCGAAGCUGCCAAGCCUUUGCUACCUCAUUCAUCAGACACAAACUGAGAGAAAAUAAGCAAAUGCUGCAGUGUCUGGUAAUGCACGUGACAUACAAUCCCACCCACUCUGCCUCAUACUCACACUAACACAGCCCGAGAGUUAUGCAGUCUGUGCUGGUUUGUUUUGAUAGGAAAUAUUACUGGUGUUUUAGUUCAGAAUGAGUACAUUCGCAUGCAGGAAGGCUGAUUCACAGCACAAGCGUCAGCACAGCAUAUUUUUUCACUGCUUAUAUUAAGAAAUUAGGUUGUUCACAUUGAAGCAUGAGUCUACUUUUGCAACGAUGGUCCUGCACAAUUAAAGUAACAACACAUUGUUGAUGGACUAAAUGAAAAAUUUUUUGAAUUAGAGAAAGUCAUGUAAAUUAUUUAGUUACCAUUCAGAUGCAUAUUUCCAUAUUUAUGUAAAUAAGAUUUUACAGGUUAUUAAGGUUGUAAUAUUUAUCAGCAACUUAAUUCUGAUGACUGUCAUAAUGCUUGUUUCUAAGUAAAACAGUGACUGUAGUUAACAGUUCACGUGGUGUGAAACAGGCAAGAGUCACUGUCGUUUAUUUCAUACAGAGAGCAAACAGAUAAUCACUAAUCAUUGUUGAGUGUUUGUAAUGAAUCUUUCAGUCAGGACAGUCAUGGUGUUUAAUAAAUGAAUGUUAGGCUGAGCGAAACAGACUGACUUUUAGUUCUCAUGAUGAUCCUUCAGCCGAUGAAAUCAAUCUUUCAUAACUGCGGUUCAUGUUAGGAGAGAGAAGCAUCAGUAAAUCACCAUAUAAAUGGAGCUCGAAGCCAAAACAUGAGCUUCAACAGAAUCUGCUGUUUGGUGGAUGAUGAGCCUAAAGGAAGCAAGAGAGAGAGAUUAUUAGGGCUGAAAUGAUUCCUCGAUUAACUCGAUUACAAAAAAUGAUCGAGGCAAUUUCCUCUGCCUCGAAGCUUCUUUUAAUUUAUUUUAAAUCUCACAUAAGGUUCUUUCGCAAUGAUUUUUUUUAAUGUGACACAAUUUACACUUUAACGCGGAAUGGCACAGAAUACAUUUCGAUUUGAAUUAAUCAAAAAUAGGUCAUUGUACUUACAUCAGUUCACGAUAUGGACUAAUAUCUGUAAAUAUUAAGACGUAACAGUCUAUUGAAAUAUGAAUCCUGCAUGUUCUGCGUGUCUCUGUUAAUGAAUGGAGCAGAAGUGCGAAUUCCUUUAUCACACACACUGAAGCGCGCGCCGCUUGCGGUGAUUUCAGCAUCUGCUGUCUCACUAAAUAAGGACGUGAACACAUGAACAACAUCUCCAGAACUGCUCUGACAGUCACUUCAUCAGCAUUUGAUUUCAUCGUUUGAUUUGAGUAAAACUAGUGUCACAUCACAUACACAGAACUGUAAAGGUAUGUCAACCCGUCAAAAUAAAAGUCCAGUUAAAGACUAUUGUUUAGCAGAAUGUACAUAGCCUAAAAAAAAAAAACUAACAUUUUUGAGGUUUAUUCACACAACAUUGCUUCCAUGUUUUAUUUUUAAUAGUAAAUCCCCUUUGUUUACCAAAAAGUUAAGUUAAUUUUCAAUAAUUAAAAGAUAAAUUAAAUUAAUGUUUAAUGUGUUUAAUAUUUAAUGUGCAUCUCAGUACAGACAGAGAAACAAUGGGUACUAAUUAAAUGUUUAUUUUUGAUGUAAAAAAAAUUCUAAAAAAGGAAACUUAGUUGUUCAUUUUAAGAGACCCAUGAUACUUAUUUUCUCUUGCAUAAUUAAUAUUGCACUUUAAUUAAGCAAAAACACAUUUUAUCCGAUUACUCGAUUAAUCGAUGGAAUUUAUGGUAGAAUACUCGUUUACUAAAAUAUUCGAUAGCUACAGCCCUAGAGAUUAUCAUAUAGAGGAGAUGAGAUCACAGACUUCAUGGACAGAGCAAAUUCUGGGGUUGAACUAGAAACGACUCAAAUGAGGAAAUCAUGUUUAUUUAAUGGACAGAAGGAAGAUUAAAGAGGGAAAUCUCAAUCCAUCACAUGUCAUCCAUGACCAGUUACGCAUACAACUCUCAAUUUAUAGUGGAGAAAUAUAUAGCUUUAUUUGAAUAAAGAUGUCAUGGACAAGUGUCCUCUUGCAGUCAUAUGAUUCAGGUUUUAUUCAGUUUCAGUUAUUCAGUUAUUCAGAGCCUGAGUCUCAUCCAGAUGUGCUUUAUGGUGAAUUGACAUGAGAGCAAAGAAUGUGUCACUCAGUUCAUAUGCUGAGGAAAAUGAAGAAUAUGGAAAAGAUGUAUUCCAGUGCUCAGAUUCAAACCAUCACUCUUCAUGUCUUUGUCAUUUCAAAUGAAACCAUGCAGACUGCGUUAUCUCUCAUAGACUACACUGUCA